UUCCAAUUCCGAGCAGAUUUAAUAGGCGAGUAUCAGUCUGCGCUGAGGCCUAUAACCCUGAUGAGGAAGAGGAAGACACUGACCCAAGGGUGAUUCAUCCCAAAACUGACGAGCAGAGAUGCAGACUUCAGGAAGCUUGCAAAGAUAUCCUCCUCUUCAAAAAUCUGGAUCAGGAACAGCUCUCUCAAGUCCUCGAUGCCAUGUUCGAAAGGAUAGUCAAAGUCGACGAGCAUGUCAUUGACCAAGGAGAUGAUGGGGACAACUUUUAUGUCAUCGAACGGGGAACCUAUGACAUUUUAGUAACAAAAGAUAAUCAGACCCGCUCCGUCGGUCGGUAUGACAACCGUGGCAGUUUCGGAGAACUCGCUCUGAUGUACAACACCCCACGGGCCGCCACCAUCGUUGCCAACUCCGAAGGCUCCCUUUGGGGACUGGAUCGGGUGACUUUUAGAAGAAUCAUAGUGAAAAACAAUGCAAAAAAGAGGAAGAUGUUUGAAUCAUUUAUUGAAUCCGUGCCCCUCCUUAAAUCACUGGAGGUGUCAGAGCGAAUGAAGAUUGUGGAUGUGAUCGGAGAGAAGGUCUACAAGGAUGGGGAGCGCAUCAUCACUCAGGGUGAAAAGGCUGAUAGCUUUUACAUCAUCGAGUCCGGCGAAGUGAGCAUCUUGAUUAGAAGCAAGACUAAAACCAACAAGGAUGGUGAGAACCAGGAGGUCGAGAUUGCCCGCUGUCACAAGGGGCAGUACUUCGGAGAGCUUGCACUGGUCACCAACAAACCCAGGGCCGCCUCGGCGUAUGCAGUCGGAGACGUCAAGUGCUUGGUCAUGGACGUACAAGCCUUCGAGAGGCUUCUGGGGCCCUGCAUGGACAUCAUGAAGAGGAACAUCUCGCACUACGAGGAACAGCUGGUGAAGAUGUUCGGCUCCAGCCUGGAUCUGAUCGACCCCGGGCAGUAGGUGUGCCACACCCCAGAGCUUUUUCAGCGUGACACCAACACCUUCCGGUCAGCCACAGAACACACACAGAGAGCAGACAUGACAACCGUUCUGCUGCUGCCACCGCCGCUGCCGUUGCUGUGGUUAUGGGCAUUUAGGAAACUCGAAAGUCAGCACUGAAGGAUGGGCAGAGGUUCGACCCACACCUCCACUUGCUUCUGAAAGCCCAUUAUUAGACCACUCAUAACGAUUACUCCAACCCAGUUGUCACAUCUUUGGUUCAGAAUGGCAUGUCUCUCCAACAAUCCAAGUGCCUGAUACAAAGUCCAAAGUGUAAACACCUCCUUUCCUCUCUCGCUGCUACUCGCUUUUGGAAGUUACCACGAGGUCUGCAGGAACCUCUUCUCUAACUGUAGACACCCUCCCCCAGUCUUUCUCAAGGGAGAAAAUGCUGUAGCCUUUGACCUCCUCAUUUGUCCUUUGAGAAAGUCCACGUUUGUUCACAGUCACAGCCUUCGAUUGUACAGUGGGGCACGGCAGCAGGCGAUGGAGGGCUGUGGCCCAGUGGCAUUGUGCUGUCUGCCGAUGGCUGUCCACAUGACAGCUGUCUCCAAACCCACAGGGAUGUGUAGGGACAGGCCCUGGCCAGGGCCCAGUGGGUCAGCACCCCGGAGCAGGCAGACAGGUCAGCAGGGCCCACCGGGGCAGAGAAUUUGGACUCGGCACAUGUUGCCAGUAGUAGAGGGCCUGGAAAGGUGUCCUGGGUUGGGGGUUUUGCUUUUGAAUUUGUUCAGUAGGGUUUUUUGUUUGUUUGUUUUUGUUUUUUAAACCUCUGUGCAGUUUGCAUGAACGAAUGGCUAUCCAUUUAUAAGGAGCCAGGGCCUGGGAGUGCCGUUGCUCUGUCCGACCCACCGUCCCGGGCAACUUGCUGGGUCUCGUGUCCAGUUGCCUCUACCAGCUAAUGGCAGUGUGCCAGCAAGAGGUGGCACUGCAGAGAGCCCUCUUCCACUCCAGAGCCGUUGCGUAGCUUUGCUGUUGAACCCAUCCGUUUUUAAACUCUUUAAAGAAGCAGCUAUUUUUUUGAAAUUAAAAUUAUUUCCUUGUUUAGGGAAUUCCCUUUGGACAUAGUCAUAUAUGUGUGGAGUAUAAAUGUCGAUCUGUCAGGCUUUCAUCCUCAACAUCAACUGCCUAUUAUUUUCAAAGACUGGCAUCACUUAAAAUGUCACAGAAUUAACUGUGAAGGCCUUUCUAAUUAAAAUGUUGAGAUAUUUGGCAUUCUAAUCAUUAAUCUCAGAAGAAAGUGAUAUAUUUAAAAUGUUUUUUAAUCUUCUAGUUAUGUAAAUUGAAUUCUGUUUAAUUAUUUUAAUUAACUAGUGUAUUUUAGAAUGAAAUUUUUUUCUUCAGAAUGGCUUCGAAUCAGAUGCUAUAAAGGAUCCUAGGAGCAGUAAGAAGUGGCAUCAAGAUAAAUCUGAAUGUCUUAGCCAAGUUUAUAUUAAAUCAAGAGGCCCUUUCUAAUAUGAUUUUUUGGUUUCCUUUUACUUACAUAACCCAAUAAAUCCCUAGGAGAUUACAUGUUGGGGCUUAGGUCAUUCCUGUUGUGGAUGACGGAGCCCACACAGUCACCUUCCCUUUGCCACACAAGCUGGGCACUCUGCUUUUGCCAUGGGCAGUGUGGCAAAGAGAUUUUCAGAGUGGGUAGCCCACCACAACCUUGUGCCCCGUCAAGGGAAAGCGGAAGGACUUUUCAGGCUGUCUAGGUAGCCUGUAUUGCAACUCUCGGAAUCGUGAAAGGUAAUAACGAACCCUCCAAAACAGGCAGCUAGCACUGGGAAAGCCGGGUGGUGAUCCCAUGUUUUCCUAAGGUUCUUCUUUUCUAUGGUGUUGCUUUAUAAACGAAUUCUUGUCUUGCUCUUUAGCAGACAAGAACCACACCUGUCUCUUGCAAAGGCUUCAGGAGUCAUAGAGGUUCAGCGUCAGACCUUGCGAGGACUCCAGGCACUGAGUAGAGGUCUCCUCCUCACCCCCAUGCCGGCGUUAGUUAAGCCUGACCAAAUUCCAUGCUGGAGUCACUCUUGCAGGCCUCUCGGGGUGGGCCUUCUCUGCCGUCUCGCACAUCCCAGGCUAGUCUUCACAGAGCCCCCCUUGAGAUCCCCUGACUCACUGGUGGUCGUUAUUUUAAAGUAGACUUUAUCAGGCUUAAGUCCCCCUGCUCUCAGCAAUGACUGACAUGGGGAUCAUGAGUCCAGGCCCUCACUGCACACAGGGCCGUUGUGGGGAGUCUAGCUUGAGGAAGGGAGACUUUAACAGGGCCGGUGUGAAUGAAAUGGGAUGGAGCUAUGAUGGGAGUGCCAGGACCUGACAGCCUUCCAGUUUCCUUUGCGAGGUGGCCGACCAAGUUCGACCCAGGGCUAUGUUGUCUACGCUGUACCAGGCAAGCCCUGCACUGCUGGUUGAGCCUCAUGGGGAGGGGCGUGUGUUGGGAAGAGAUCCUUUUGUUAACUGCAUCAUGUUCUCUUCUAUGGGUUAGAGCUACACGCCCUCUCCUGGCUAUGCGAUUGAUUGGGUAAAGACUACAACUGAGAGCCAUGAUGUCCAACCCACAGUAUUGUCCUUCCUUUUGGUCCCCAGCUUCUGCCACCCACUCUGUUCUCAUGGUUGGUUCACGUCCUCUUGUCCUCUUAGUCUUUAUUAGUUUUCAUAUAUAAUUGUGUUACCUGUACUUGCUAUAGAUUCUCAGAAACCAGGGUAAAGCUAUUCUUUGAGCAGUUUAAUGAGCAAAUUCAGCAGCAGGGUGGCAAGGACUGCUUCUCUAGCCAGGAGAGGUUCUAUCCUUCCUCUGACCGUCCAGUUUCUCUGCUCGCAGUGGUGGAUCAUCAGUGCGAGGCGCCCUGGGUGCACAGCACUUCACGUCAUGCCUCAGUGCACGAACAGCCCUCCCUCGUUUAGGAAAAGUGAAAGCAUUUUGCACAGAGAAAAAGGAAAAAGACCCAUGAAUGUCAUCUUUUAUCUUUUGUUUUUAGUUGGCGGAUGUUGACAUUUUUAUUCUUGACACGCACUUGUAAACCAGUCUUGCCAAGGUGUGAGUCGUUCCGGUCUCUCACAGCGAUUACCUCUUGUUCCUCUGUCUCGACUGCUGACGUCCCUCAGUGGUUCUAAUGUCUGCUUUACGGGGAGCAGCCUUCCCGUGGGUCUCCUUCUACACACUGCAGGGCUAUCUUUAUACUUUAAGGAAAAAAACGAACACAAAUAGUGUCACUAACCUCAUGGGGGAUUUGCAGAAAACCAUGGAGCCCGCCUCGAGCAAAGGGUAGAUAUUCUUCUUUUUUCUUUCCUUUUUUUUUUUUUUAAGCUCAUUGUAAUAAAAGAAAUCGAAUUCAGCAUUAUUAUGCUACCUCAAAGGUAAAAAUGUUUUAAGGUCUUCUUUCGGUCCUGAGUUCUACACAUAGUGUUUGAAAUGUCUUUCAAUUGGGAUUAUUUUUUUAAAUCAUUAGGGUGAGUCUUAUUUUAACCACUUUUACACUUGUAUUUUAAUCUUAGAAGAAUAAGUCAUUGGAAAGCAAUCAAUUCUUGCUGUGUAGCAUCGAACAUAUAAUUACAAGUCAUUAAGAGUUAAAUCGUUUGCCAUAAACAAGGUUGAGUUUUUUUUAAAAGGGAACUCUAGGGCUCGGCUUCACUCUUGGUUAAUAAAGGCUGACAAAUUAAGUCUGA